CAGCCAGCAUGCCAGCUCUCGGCACUGCCUGUCUACCGCCACCACCAGUGCUCUUUGCUCGGCGCGAAUACAAAAAUGUCAUGGCCUAAUCGCUCUCUUGUUGUUCUCCAGUCUCCCCUGGAUUGAUUCGCUCCAGUGCUUGCACGCGCGUUAGCUAUGGUGCCUUCCUUCGCCCUCGGUGUUGCCCUGCUAGCUGCGCUAGCUGCAGCUGUCCCCGCGCCGCAUCUCCAGGUGAGGUCGUCCAGCAGAACGAUCACCGCGCUCUCCUCCACUGCGACCGCUGCGUUCAGUCCGUACACGUACUACGCCAGCGCGGGCUACUGCUCCGCAUCCAAGACGAGCAACUGGAGCUGUGGGGUGAACUGCGAUGCGAACCCCGACUUUCAAGCCUGUCACGUCGGGAGGCGACGGGGACUCCGUCCAGUACUGGUAUGUCGGAUACGACCCGACCCUGGAUACGGUGAUCGUUUCGCAUCAGGGAACUGAUCCCGACGAGAUCCUUCCGUUGGUCACGGACGGGGACAUUAUCAUGAUAAACCCGGACACGACGCUUUUCCCUGGCCUCAGCUCGAGUAUCGAAGUGCACCAGGGCUUCGCGGACGAGCAAGCAAAAACGGCGUCGGACGUCCUCUCAGCUGUGCAGAGCGCGAUAUCUACAUACAGCGCCACCAAGGUGACAAUGGUGGGACACUCCUUGGGCGCUGCGAUCUCACUCCUUGACGCUGUCUAUCUGCCUCUGCACAUCUCCGAUGCGACGUUCAGCUACAUCGGAUACGGCCUGCCGCGAGUCGGCAACCAGGCGUUCGCGAACUACGUCGACGACUCGUCUCUCUCGGUGACGCACAUUAACAACGAGGAGGACCCGAUCCCGAUCUGCCCGGGCAGGUUCCUCGGGUUCGUGCACCCAUCGGGGGAAGUGCACAUUGAAGAUUCGGGCGAGUGGGCGUCGUGCCCUGGCCAGGACAACCCGAGCACGCAGUGUAUCGUCGGGGAUGUGCCGGACAUAUGGGAUGGUGACGAGUCGGACCAUGAUGGUCCGUAUGGUGGGGUGACGAUGGGAUGCUGA